UCAGCCAUGGCAGAGAACUCGGACAAAGUUCCUAUCACCAUGGUAGGACCUGAUGACAUUGAGUUUUGCAGUCCUCCGGCAUAUGCCACCGUGACCGUGAAACCCUCCGGCUCUACGCGUCUGUUCAAGACUGGAGCUGUGGUCCUGAUUUCUGGCGCGGUGCUGCUGCUCCUCGGUGCUAUCGGGGCCUUCUACUUCUGGAAGGGGACUGACAAUCACAUUUACAAUGUUCAUUACACCAUGAGUAUCAAUGGGAAAUUACAAGAUGGGUCAAUGGAAAUAGAUGCUGGGAACAACUUGGAGACCUUUAAAAUGGGAAGUGGAGCUGAAGAAGCGAUUGAAAUUAAUGAUUUCCAGAACGGCAUCACCGGAAUCCGUUUUGCUGGAGGAGAGAAGUGCUACAUCAAAGCACAGGUGAAGGCUCGUGUCCCUGAGGUGGGCACUGCGACCAAGCAAAGCAUCUCUUCAGAACUGGAAGGCAAGAUCAUGCCAGUUAAAGAUGAAGAGAACUCUCUUAUCUGGGUGGCCAUGGACCAGCCUGUGAAGGACAACAGCUUCCUGAGUUCUAAAGUCCUUGACCUCUGCGGCAACCUCCCCAUUUUCUGGCUCAAGCCUAUGUAUCCAAAAGAAAACCAAAGAGAGAGAAGAGAAGUAGUGAGAAACAUUGUCCCCUCUACCACAAGAAGACCACAUAGUGAACCACGAGGCAACCCAGGCCCCAGAAGACUGAAGAAUGAAACCAGGCCCAGCGUUCAGGACGAGGAACCUUUCAAUCCCGACAAUCCUUACCAUCAGCAAGAAGGAGAAAGCAUGACAUUUGACCCCAGACUGGAUCACGAAGGAAUCUGCUGUAUAGAAUGCAGACGGAGCUACACCCACUGCCAGAAGAUCUGUGAGCCUCUGGGAGGCUACUACCCAUGGCCUUAUAAUUACCAAGGAUGCCGUUCCGCCUGUAGAGUUGUAAUGCCAUGUAGCUGGUGGGUUGCCCGCAUCUUGGGCAUGGUGUAA